GGAGAGCAAGCGGAGGCGCGAGGGACCCGCCGGGGAGCUGGAGAGGGAUCGCGAGCGUCCCCAACUCGGGAGAGGAACCGCCGCUCGGACCAGCGCCAUCAUGCUGCUGCUGCCCGGCGCGCCGGACGGCCAGGGCACCGCCGUCACCCGAGCUCUGUCGGCGGCUUCUGUAAUCUGUCAAGUUGAACCCGUGGGAAGAUGGUAUGAAGCAUUUAUUAAGAGGCGAAACAGGAAUAUUUCAGCCUCUUUUCAGGAACUAGAGGAUAAGAAAGAAUUAUCAGAGGAGUCAGAAGAUGAAGAAUUACAGUUAGAGGAGUUUCCUAUGCUGAAAACUCUUGAUCCUAAAGAUUGGAAGAAUCAAGAUCAUUAUGCAGUCCUUGGACUUGGACAUAUAAGAUACAGGGCUACUCAGAAACAAAUCAAAGCAGCCCAUAAAGCGAUGGUUUUGAAACAUCAUCCAGACAAACGAAAAGCAGCAGGUGAACCAAUAGCAGAAGGGGAAAAUGACUACUUUACUUGCAUAACUAAAGCUUAUGAAAUGUUGUCUGACCCCGUGAAAAGACGAGCAUUUAACAGUAUAGAUCCUACUUUUGAUAACUCAGUUCCUUCUAAAAAUGAAGCAAAGGACAAUUUCUUUGAAGUGUUUUCACCAGUGUUUGAAAGGAAUUCCAGAUGGUCAAAUAAGAAAAAUGUUCCUAAACUUGGUGACAUGAAUUCAUCAUUUGAAGAUGUAGAUGCAUUUUACUCUUUUUGGUAUAACUUUGAUUCUUGGAGAGAAUUUUCUUAUUUAGAUGAAGAAGAAAAAGAAAAAGCAGAAUGUCGUGAUGAGAGGAGGUGGAUUGAAAAACAAAACAGAGCAGCUAGGGCACAAAGGAAAAAAGAAGAAAUGAACAGAAUAAGAACAUUAGUUGAUAAUGCAUAUAGCUGUGAUCCUAGGAUAAAAAAAUUUAAGGAAGAAGAAAAAGCCAAGAAGGAAGCAGAGAAAAAAGCAAAAGUAGAAGCAAAGAGAAAGGAGCAAGAGGCAAAAGAAAAACAAAGGCAAGCUGAAUUAGAAGCAGCUCGAUUAGCGAAGGAGAAAGAAGAAGAAGAAGUUAGACAACAAGCAUUACUGGCAAAGAAAGAAAAGGAAAUUCAGAAAAAAGCCAUUAAAAAGGAAAGGCAAAAACUUCGAACUUCGUGCAAGAAUUGGAAUUAUUUUUCAGACAGUGAGGCAGAGUCUGUUAAAAUGAUGGAAGAGAUUGAAAAGCUUUGUGAUCGUCUUGAACUAACAAGCUUGCAGUGCUUGAAUGACGUUCUUACGUCUACUACAAAAGAAGAAGGGAAGGCUGCUGUGGAAAAGCAGAUAGAAGAAAUAAAUGAGCAAAUAAGAAAAGAAAAGGAAGAAGCUGAGGCUCGUAUACGUCAAGCAUCUAAGAGUACUGAGAAAUCCACUGGUGGAGGUGGCAGUAGCAGUAAAAAUUGGUCAGAAGAUGACUUGCAGCUACUAAUUAAAGCUGUGAAUCUUUUCCCUGCUGGAACUAAUUCAAGGUGGGAAGUUAUUGCCAAUUAUAUGAACCUUCACUCUUCUUCUGGAAUAAAGAGAACUGCAAAAGAUGUCAUCAGCAAGGCAAAGAGUCUUCAGAAACUGGACCCUCAUCAAAAAGAUGAUAUAAACAAAAAAGCUUUUGAUAAAUUUAAAAAGGAACAUGGAGUUGUGCCUCAGUCAGACAGUGCAGCACCUUCAGAGCGGUUUGAAGGUCCAUGUACAGAUUUCACACCUUGGACAACUGAAGAACAAAAACUUUUAGAACAAGCUCUGAAGACAUACCCUGUGAAUACACCUGAGAGAUGGGAAAAAAUAGCUUCCGCAGUGCCUGGACGAUCAAAAAAGGACUGUAUGAAACGAUAUAAGGAACUUGUCGAAAUGGUAAAAGCAAAAAAGGCUGCUCAAGAACAAGUGAUGAAUGCUAGUAGAGCCAAGAAAUGACUAAAGUUGACAAUCUUUGUGUUUGUUUUUAUAAUAAAACUGCAAAUACUGUAUAAAUUUUCAUUCUUAAACUUAUACAAA